AUGGCUGCAAUCAUGAUGUGUGAGCCACAGGAGCUCUACAAUCUCCUCAACCAGAGCAGCCGUGUGUCCAGGCUGGCAGAGAUCAACUACCUCUGUUUGGUUGAUGCUCGUGAAACUCAGGAUUACAAAGUGAGCCACAUCAUAACAGCUAAACAUGCCAAAACGGAUUCAAAAAGCUCAUUUUUCCUGCCUGAUAUCGUGGAGGUGGACAGCAUGCAGCAUGUAGUGAUCUAUGACAGCAACACCAGCUGUUCACAGGAGCAAGGCAGAGCGGUCCAAUGUGCUCAGGCUCUGGCUAAAGUCAGCCUCUAUCCAGUCCACAUAGUGACGGGAGGCUUUCAGAGGUUCUCAGCUCUGUACCCUUUCUUAAGGACAGAGAAAAUCAUCUACACCAUCAUGGAGGCAUGGAGGUACAUGCUCAAAUGUAAACCCAACAUGAGGCCAAACACGGGGUUUCUAGAGCAGCUGUCUGACUGGGAGCUUCACACCAGAGGAACAAAAGUGACGGAUAUCUCUGAACCUCAUUUUUAA